CUUUACUGAGGUUUUUAGAGUUCUUCCUCGCACGAGCACGAUUCGCGACAACACGAAUCAAAAGUUUUUUUUCUAGAGCCUCCUAGGUUUUUGAACUCACAUAGUUUCUCCAUCUCUUGCUUUGUCUCCUCUAAAUCGACGUAGUCUUCAAAUUAAAGUACAUACGUUUUCAAAAAGAUGGCUAGUUCGGACCAGGAGUACGUCCAAACGCUGCGAAAGCUCGGGUUCGAACCUGUUCAGGACUUGGGCUCGUUCGCGUGGGUGCCCUCGAAGUGCGAGCGCAAAAGCAUCCAGGCGUGCACGAAAGAAGAUGUUUUGGAGGCGACUGUCUUUGACCCCGAGAUUCCGCAAAUCAGCGACUUGCGGCAGUUGAAUCUGCACCGCCUACCGCAGGUGUUCGCGACCGAGGCUUUGCCCCCGCAGAUCAAGCCGCAGGCGUUCCCGCACGUCACGCCGCGUGUCCUUGGGUUGUUUUUGGCCAAAACAAAGGGUAUUGACUUAUCAAAUGCAAAAAUGUCUGGGUCUGGAAGAAUGCAACUUGUCAUGCUAAAUCUGAAACAAGCAAGAAUCUGUGUUGCAUGAUUACCAAGAAAAGUCGUCCAGUUUUGACCAAGUCGGGAGGGGGUUUCUCAUGCAGGAUAGGCAUGAGAGAGGUCGCACAGAAUCUGUCAUGCUAGGUCCUGCAUUCCAGACCUCAUGGGCCAUGGAAAAGCUGCAUGACAAAUCGCUCAUUCUUCCAGACCCAGACAUUUUUACAUUUGAUAUGACUUGGACAAGGUCGAUUUUUCCUUCGGCGGCUCGACACUCGAGGUUUUGCUGAAGCGCGACAUCUCGAAUGUGUCCUACGGGCCACGCGGGGUCCGCAUUCUAUGGAUUGUAAAAAUGUCUGGGUCUGGAAGAUUGGAACUUGUGAUGCUAAAUCCGAAUAUUGCAAAAAUCUGUGUUGCAUGAGUGCCAAAAGCCGUCCACUUUCGAUCAAGUUGGGCGGGAGUGUCUCAUGCGGGAUAGGCAUGAUAGUGAUCUCACGGAAUCUGUCAUGCUAGGUCCUCCAUUACAGAUCAUUCGGGUCAUGGAAAAUCUGCAUGACAAACCUCGCAAUCUUCCAGACCCAGACGUUUUUACAUUUGAUACAUUCCGCAGGAGGACUACUGCUACCGGGUGCAGAAGGUUGCCGGCGUGAUCUGCGUCAGCAAGUGCGACAACUACGUCAAAGACUACAGUGACAGCGGAUUUCAGUUUGAGCGGCUGGUGACCGGUGGCGAGUUUCGGGACCGCCACGACGAAUCCCACAAUGGCACCGAGCACGUGCAGCUGCUCGAGUUUUGCGGUAGAGAAACCAACGACCAUGUUUCCGGAGUAGAUGGUGCAGAUUUUUGUCCUUUCCAAAUUUUGUUCACGACCGACGCAGAUGCGAAGACGGGAAAGAAUGCUGCAGGUAAAAAAGACGAAAGGGACGAUUUGGUGGAAAUCAAAUCCGGAAAUCCGGCGAAUUUCGGUCGCAAGCUCGUUUUGCAAAUGCUUUCCUCGGGGGCGAGGCAGCUGGUGUACGCCGACAAACGAAGCCGGAACGAGGUUUCGCAGGUGAAAACUCUCUAUUACCCGGACGUUGUGUGCCGCUUUCUGCGCGCCGGCGAGAAACAGGGAAUGGUAACCGACCUCUCCGCUGCCCUCACGGAGCUCCGGGAAGCCGCGGCGGACAUCCCCGAUUGUUUGUACGGAAGCGAGGGAGAGUGUGUUGCCUUCGACCUGACUUUUGACACACGCGAUCCGAAGAAACCCAUGCGCUUGGUGCCGGCGAAAAAGUACGCGGACUGCAGUUUAUCGCCGAAAGAAGUUUUGCGCGGCCUCCUGGAGGACUAGAAUUGGUUUUCUUUGGAAAUGCGUAUGAUGAUCCCAUUCGUUGUAUCCGCUAUCGAAAAUUGAUACGAAAGAAUCAGGAAGUGCAGGACUAGACAUACAAAAUGAACAAAAGCACUCCACCUACAUGGCACACUGUAAAGCAGAGACGAGCUAUUCGCGUAUUGAAGCUCCUCAUUCAUUAUAUGUAGACUAUUGGUCUCUGCUAACAUGUCGCUGAUGUGAUGACACUCAUUCAUAUUGUUACGGUCGAAAACUUCAUUUUCUUCUACAACUCAAUGUCAAAAGGAAAACUAUGCCCAAUGGGAUGACGAU